GUAAAGUUUCUAGGAGGGUGUAACUGAAAGUCUGAGACUUCACUAACUCAAGUCUGUUUAGUGAAUCGAAUUACUUCUAUUAUUUGUCAUUCCUUACCUAUUUUGUGUUUUAAAAACACUUGAAUGAAUCUGCAACAUGACUGAAGUGAAAUGUUUAAGGGGAGAAUGUGGUGAUUCAGUGCUCGAAUGGUCUUGUAAAGGAGAGGAUGGGGAGUUCAACAUUUGUGGACGUUGUCAUUCGUGUGUCCUUUCUGAGAAACUGCACCACUCCACCCAAUGGAUGAAAAAGGCUGGAGGAGCAUCCCAGAGGAGAUUUCUCACUGGCAUCCUUGUGCGGUGCCACAGUCUUCAAAUCCUGGAGAAUCUUCAGAGUGUUUUACAAGUGACAUCAGGCAAGGAUUUCACAUAUACCAGGUCAAGAGCCCAGCUCAGCAAACUUGAGGACUCCAUAUGGAGCAUGGAUGGAGCUCUGGACACAAAACUGAAAGGAAUGGACAUGUUGGAAGCUUGGGAAUGGUUUAGGAAGAGCCCAGACUGGAUCAAGUCCAAGUAUGUGCUGGGGCUCUUGUCUUUAUGUGACACCCCUCUUUUGCACAUGUUAGGAAAUCUGGUGCAUAUCCUGAUUGUUUGGGAGAAACACAAAUUUCUACAAUUCAACAGUGCUGAUCUCUCAGUUACAGAGUCACGAUUCUCCAGCCGUUCAGAAUCUGACCACACAGAUCUGGAUCUUCUCAUUCAGGCAUGUUCUGUACAUGAUCCAGCUGACCUGCCUCUAGAAGCUCACCAUCAAACAGAUGUCUUAAAACAGGAGCGUUCAGAACAAAUGAAGGACUCCAAAUCUCUCAAGAGUAUCUGUGAUGAGGUUGAGCUGGACGUGCAGAGUGUAGACCCCUGGAACAGAAGAACAAAAAGCCAAGAUUCAGACUCCGACUGUUCAGAUGAUCCAGAUCCUGCCCUCACUGUCGUCCCCAGGUCGUCGAAAUCUCUGUCAGGGGUCAGCCGUCAUAGGGAUUUUAUUCGAAGCCUGCCAGUCGACAUUGCAAAGAGGAUUUUAGGGCUUUUGGAUAAGGCCUCGCUGUACAGCUGCAGGCGUGUGUCCAUGCACUGGCAGUGCUUAACAGAGGAGGUCUUAACUGAGAUUGAAGUAAAGAAGAGUGUUGAGAAACAGGCCAUGAUUCUACAGGGUAACUCAACGUCUAAGGUCAACCCUGUUUAUGCGAAGAUCUGUGAAGUUGUAGUGCCCAUCAGUGAGGACGACAAGCACUUUCAGCAUGGAGAAGCUUUCCCCAAACAUAAGCUGUCACAAGAGCAAGAUUUGAAUUCAGUCUACAAAGGCUUUAAAACCGAGACCGUCCAACUGGAAGAACGCAACGUGUACUGUGGAGUGUAUAACAUAUCAGUCCUGUUAGAAAGAGAAGAUCCCAGUAGAGUGAUGCAUUAUGCUGGAGGACAGUUGGUGGCGGCUGGCUCCAAGGACCGUAUAGUCAGGUUGCUGCAUGUCCCAUCACUAAAAGAGAUUCCACCAGUGAUCCAAGGACAUGCAGGUAGUAUAAAAGCAGUGCUGGUUUGUGAAGAGAGAGACCUAGUUAUCAGCGCCAGCUAUGACCUCAGUAUCAGGUCCUGGAAUCUGAAGACAGGUAUAUGUAUGAUGAUUUUUCAUGGACAUUUUGGCACUAUAAACUGCCUGGAUUUGUAUGAAGAUAGACUGGUGUCUGGAGCCAAAGACUGUAGAGUUAAAGUGUGGAACUUGCUGACGGGGAAGUGCGUUGAGAAUCUAAAGUUUAAACACCUUAAAGCAAUCAUGUGUGUGAAGAUUAAUGAAACUCUGGUGGUCAGCAGCUGUGCUGGAGGUCAGAUCAGAAUAUGGAGCAUGGAAACAGCAUCACUUAUAAGGCAAAUCAGUGGCCACAAGGGGGCAGUGCUUUGUCUGUGCAUCGAUCAGUGGCAUAUCCUCUCUGGGGGUUCAGAUGGGGUAGUCAAAGCAUGGAGCACCAACUCUUGCGUCAAGAAGUGCUUGAGGACCUUCCAGCAUCCGAAAGAGGUGUUGACCAUGUCUUUCCUGUUCCUGCGGAUCAUUACUGGCUGCAUGGAUGGAAAGAUCCGGAUCUUCAACAUUUUAACUGGAGACUGCCUGAGAGUUAUUAAGACAAACAUGAAGCAAUGCCCUGUUCUUUCUCUGCACACGCAUGACAACACUGUGGUUGUAAACACCAGAAGCAGUAUACUGAUGCUUCAGUUUGCUGAGGUUAACUGGGACUACUCUGCCAGUGCUGUGAGGAAUUUUUUUGAGCAGUCCCACGUCUCCCCUGAGAAUGAGCUUCGGAGUGCUGAGCGAAUGAAUCGAGGGGGCUCAUCCAGACUAAAAAGACGCUCCCAGUGUUUCAAGAGCCUCUCAACCUCCAGUAUGCAGCUUGCACAAGAUGCUCAGCAGGAGUUCACAAGGGCGGCGACGUGGAGUCAACUCCAAGCUUAUUGCCACAGCAGGGCCUCCAUCAGCCCACAGUCUGACUUCCAAAGGCCUCGAUCUGUUCUUUCAGCAGGCAGGCCUGUCAGUGGAUACAGGGACCUUCCAAACAAAGUCAACCAAACACAAAGCACUUCUACCAGCAGCUUGGAUAAGAAGACUUCUGAAACCAAACGCUCAGUACUCAGCCGGAGUGAGAAGGCAGCUCGAGACAGGGUGCGAAAGCGAGGUCCUCACCACCCAAUGACCCAAGACCUAAUUCUACUAAGGACCAGCAGUGCCCAGCAGGGCAGUGACCUGGCAAGAUCCAACAUGGAGCUGAAUGCCAGAGUACGAGAUGCAUGGGGACCUGAUUCAUCCAAAGAGCUAUCCUUUCAAACCACCACCAAAAAAACCUCUGAAAUCCAUACCCCAAUCACUACCCAUAGUGUUGACCUCAACCCUCAGAGCUCCUCACAGUCUAGACAGACCUGCUUCACACCUCACUCUCUUCCCAAACAAUCCCAGAGAUCAUUCAAAGUGGUAAGGUCUGGCAUAAACAAGAUUCGCCCACUGAAUACGACUUCCCCUGAAGAUGGCAAGACGCCACAGCGAUUGUUUAUAAGGCGAACUUCAAUGCCUACACAUUGCAGUGAAGAUUUUGAAAUGACCAACAAGUCCAGUUCAUAUCACGUCCCAUUAAACCCCUUCAGGGAGCAUGGAGUCUUUCAGCUGAGGACGGACACACAACUGGAGGCUUAUAUUCAGGAGUGCACCAGACAGCAUCAGAUUCACAAACAUGCCAGUGGUGACCAAAGUAAAGCUGUUUGUAAGCACAGCCAUUGUCAUCAGUAAGGUACUGAUAUCUAACAGCAUGACACUUUUACCAUAGCUAACCAUCCACAACUGAAUUCUCAGUUUAAAAUUUUAAACUCUGUAGAAGUAUACAAACAGAUAAUAUAAUUAAAAUGUUAUGUCACAUUUGGUAACUUCAGCUAGCAUUUGCUGGUGAAAAAAAUAGUUUUAGAGUACAGAGAACAUACAGUGGCAACUGGUCCAACCUGGUCAUUAGCUAAACCAUCUUGGACCAACAACAAACAAGCUACCAGAUUAGUUUUUGGAACAUGGUGGCUGUUCAAUGAACUAAUAACCAGGUAAAAACCAUGUUCCAAAACCACUUAAUUAAAAGAUGUAGCAUUACAUCUGUGCAAUUUGAGCUUAUUAGUACCCUGGCUUCCAUUUGUGGCUUUUUUUGUAUACUUGUUUGCUAGGGGGCAGCAAAGUACAAGUUAAAAUGUCCCAUGUAGUUAAAAAUGUCUAAAUGUGUGUAAAUAUAUAUGAUCAUCUCAGGGUGGUACAUUAUUAAUUAACAUUAUUUAAAAUAGUUACAAAUCUUUACAUUUUAAGUGAUAUUUUGCAUUACAUUAUAAUCCUUAUGCAUUCUUUCUCGUUUAAGAUUGUGUUUGAUUAUUUCAGACAAUUCAUCAGCAGUUCUGCAUGCAUAUAUAAACACUGUGACUUUUACCUAAUUAAUGAGAGAUGCUGACAAGAAGUGUAAACAUAUUUUGCUGAUG